CUGACGGUAAACGUUUCAAUAGAUGCCAAGAGUUAUGGACUAGGUGCCAUUGAUGAGCGCCAGAAUGAGUUUGUGGCCACACUCAAGGAAGCUGUAGCUAUUCCUUCCGUUUCCGGCGAUCCUGCUCAUCGCCCGGAUUGUGUGAAAAUGGUUAUGUGGGCUAAGAAGAAGACUGUACUUGUGUAUGGUCACCUCGAUGUCCAACCUGCUGCCAAGGAAGACGGUUGGCAUACCAACCCAUUCGAGCUAACCGAGGUCAACGGAAAGUUGUUUGGUCGUGGAUCUACUGAUGACAAGGGCCCGGUUCUUGCAUGGAUCAAUGCAAUCAGUGUUCUUCAGAAGAAAAAUGUUGAAAUUCCAGUGAAUCUGAAGUUCGUUUUCGAAUGUAUGGAAGAAUCUGGAUCUGAAGGUCUUGAGGAGGCGCUCCGCAAGCAUAAGGACCAAUUCCUUAAAAACGUUGACAUGACGUGCAUUUCGGACAACUACUGGCUGGGCAAGAACAAGCCAUGCCUCACAUAUGGGCUGAGAGGACUCUGUUACUAUUGCAUUGAAGUGAGAUGCGCUAAACAAGAUCUUCAUUCCGGAACAUACGGAGGGAGCAUUCCGGAGGCCAUGAACGAUCUNACUGAAGCGGAGAGAAAGGUUUAUGAAAAGAUUGACUUCAAUAUGGAAGGGAGCGAUAUCGCUGCCCAUGGCCUACUCAAGUCUACCAAACAUGAGAUUCUAAUAAAUCGUUGGCGCAAUCCUUCGUUGUCACUGCAUGGUAUUGAGGGGGCUUUCAGCAGUCCUGGAGCGAAAACUGUGAUUCCAUGCAAGGUAAUUGGGAAGUUCUCGAUUCGCAUUGUCCCGAACAUGACACCGAAAGCCGUGGACAAGCUGGUCAUUACUCACCUGAAUAGUCUGUGGGCAAAGCGCCAUUCUCCAAAUCAUUUCAACGUCUACCCCCAUCACAGUGGUAUGCCGUGGAUAACCGACUACAAACAUAAGAACUUUGUCGCUGGUGCCUCUGCUAUGAAGAGAGUGUUUGGCGUUGAACCGGAUUAUACUCGUGAAGGAGGAAGCAUUCCUAUCACUCUCACAUUCCAGGAGCUCACGGGUAACAAUGUGAUGCUGCUGCCGAUUGGUGCAUGUGACGACAUGGCUCAUUCGCAGAACGAGAAGCUUGAUCGUACCAACUACAUCAAGGGUACGAAGACGCUUGCUGCUUACCUUCUGGAGCUCGCCGAGUGA